CUAAAUUGUUAUUAAAUUUACUUUAAAAUAUUGUCAAAAGGUUCAUACACCAGUAGCGCAUAAAAUUGCGUGAUUUGUUGCAGCGCAAAUGCACGAAAAUCGAAUAAAGUGAACUACACAGCGAAAAAGAUAUAAAAAGUACAUGUCGAAUUCAAACAAGAAAGUGCUGCAGGUAUUAGGUUAUAGCUAUAGUAGUAGAUAGCACUAGCUGGAACAGUGCAAUUAGUGUAACGAAAAACGAGUUAAAAUCGAUAAGGUCGAAACGGGAAAAAACAUGUCCAACAAUGACGCAAAUGAGCAGGCCGCACAUAUCAGCAAUCUACAGGAGAGCUUUUCCAAGCAACAGAAAAAGAUUUCGGCGUUGAAGGAACUUGUACGUAAAUCCGAGGUCGCGCACGGAAAAUCUACUUCAACUGCGCAAGAAAAAGUCAAAAACAUUGCCCAGCGUUUAACACACCUUAAAAUAAAAGCGCGUUCACGUCAAAGCCCGCCGGCUAAUACUCCAACAACAGUACAGGAGAAUGUACCUACAAUUGUGCCAAAUGAAGCGAGUGGGCCGUUGGUGGAGCAAGAGCAACCGCAACAACACCAAGCUCCUCAUUUAGGGCACUCGCUUUCCUAUGCGGAGCCCACAGUUGGCGGUUCUCCGCAUUUUACACCGUUAAAGGCCCAGCAACGCAGCGAGUCCAGCAAAUCACUUUCGAGUAGCUCCACGCCAGGUAGCGAAAAAGUGUUGCUGCUUCGUAAGCAAAUGGAACAGAAUAAAUUGUUAAUGGCACAGCGCGCAUCAAGUAAACAACAUUUGGAGCAGCUCGUUUCACAGCUGAAGGAGAAAUUCGAUACGACGCAACAAUGCUUGGAAGAUACAACAGAAUUGGGCAAAUCAAUGAGUGAUCUCAGCGCAUUGAUGGUGCGCUCACCCGCGUCUCGUGAGCGACACAAAUCGGCCACAGAUUUGUCUUCACAGCCGUUCUCUUUGGAAAAAGAGCGCAUAAAGUUCCUCGAAAAUCGUUGCCGCCUACUAGAAAAGCAACUUGAGAAAGAGCGCCAAGCGCACGGACACCAAGAUGUAGCAGUUGCUAACGAAUCAGCAAAUCAAAAGCGACUAAAGGAAUUAGAAAACAAAGUGGUGGAAUUGGAAAAAGCACUGCAAGAGCGUCAGCGCGAAAUUGAUAGCAAAAUGGGUGAGACUAAGCAUUUGGCCGAAGAAUUAGAGCGCACACGCGCUGAGUUAAAUGCUAAAGACGAAGAACUUUGUCUAAUGAGAUUGAAACAGCGCGACAAUGCAAAUGAACUUUACGAAUUAGCCGAUUUGGAGAAUAACGAUAUCGACAGACUUCACAUACAAUUAGCAGAAAAGAACACACGCAUUAAUGAAUUGGAAGAGAUCAACGAUAUGCUAGAGUCGACACGCUGUGAUCUGUCAUUGAAGAAUAAUCAAUUUGAAGAGCAAUUGCAUCAAAUGAAAGCCGAACUGAAUACAGCAAAUGAAAAGCUACGAUCCUUGCAGGAAGAAUUUCAGCGCACUGAGGGAAAAUCUGCUUCCCUGGAGGAGACAAUCGAGAAGUUGCAGAAUUCCACUGAAGCAGUCAUUGUAGAAUCUAAAAGUGACAGUAAAACCAGUCUCCAGGUUAACGAGGAAAUGGCUAAACAGAUACAGGAGCUUUGUGAUGAACGUGAUAAGCUGUUGGAAGAGAAUCGUCAGCUGAAAGAAACAAUCAGCGAACAAGAGAAGCUGGAAGUGUCUGACACCAGCAUCGCUGAGAAAAUUGUCGCACUAGAAGCAACAAUCGAGAGCCAACGCGCAGAUCUUAAAGACCGCCAGACCGUGGUGAGCCGCUUAGAAGAGGAAGUAAUGGAAAAAACCAUCGAGCUUAAUGUGCUCAACGAAAAUUUCAAAGUACUCGAAGAAAAGCUCGAAACCAGUAGCAAAAGCAAGUCAUUGUUCUCUACAAGUGGUGGUGAUGCAGCAGACAACGCAGAAUUACAAGCAGAAAUACAACAACUGAAGCAAAAAUUAGACGAAUCUAAUAAGGCUAUGAUAAAAUUGAAAUUAAAAUGUAAACAAACCGAGAAACAGGUAGAGAAGUUGAAGAAGAGCUCCGAUUUAAACGCUGAAAUUGUGCGUUUAGAAGCAUUGAACGAGGAAUUACAGCAAAAAAUCAUUGAGUUAGAAGAUGAGAAGGGCCAGUGGCAGUUAACUCAAGUAGACGCUGCUGGAAAAUCACCUGACACUGACCGCAUAAAUGAGCAGCAAAAGGUUCUUGCUGAAUUAGAAGAACAAAUCAAAACACAAACGGAAACAAUUAGGCUGUUAGAAGAGGAAAAAUACGAGCAGACACAGCGCCUUGAAGAAGCAGAGAAAAAGCUGUGUGAUUUGCAAGAAAAAAUCAUCAGCAAGGAAGGUGAAGAAAGUGCGCGCGUUAAGUCUGAAAUGUCCGAAAUACAUUUGGAGGAGAAAGUAGAAGAGCAGGCCCAACAGCUACAGCAGCUGGAGGAGCGUUUGUCUAAUGCGGUCGCCGACGCGGAAGAACAGAAGCAGAAAUUGGCUGAUUUGCAGGAACAAAAGCAAACUGUUGACAAGAAAUUGCAGAAUUAUAUGGUCGAAAACAUGGAACUUUUGGAUAAAAUUGAAAAACUCAGUAAAUCGUCAUCCUCAGCCGAAUCAAUUGAAAUUGUUGAACGGUUAACGCAGCAGGAGCGCGCCGAAAUCGACGAAUACAAUAAGCGACUUGAUGAAAACGUAGUCAGUUCUGUAAAUGAACUCACCCAAACUGAGCUGGCGCCUGAGCUUAGCGAUAGCCUCUGCAAGUUGCGCGAGGAAAGCUCUGAGUUGAUGAAUAAAAUUGAACUGUUUACAACAGAGCGCCGCGAAGUGCUGGAACGCAUGGAACAUUUAACCGCCGAAAAUCACGAACUCGUACAGAAAGUUGAAGAACUCACGCGCGAAAAGGACGAAAUGGAGACGAACGUGCUGUUGGCAAAUGACGCCAAAGUAAAGCUGGAAGAGCGCGUCAAGGAGCUGAGCAAAGAGAAAGAUCAGCUUGCCGUGCAAGUAUCUGAAUUUAAGGUGCAAGGCAACCAAAUCUCACAAGGACUCUCAUCGUUGCAAAAGUCCUCGGAAGUAGUUGGUGCACUCGACAGCAAGCAAGAUGCAGCGCUCUUUGAAAAAUGUGAAAAAUGUCUCACGAAUUUGAAUCAUGAAUUGGAGAUCUACCGCAGGGCUAGUGAUAAAAAUUCCAAAAUCCUCGCUUCUAAGAAGUUAGCUAAAGAAGCCAAGAACGCACACACACAGCUGAGCGAAUUGCUGCAGAAGGUAAAAGAGGCCAGCACAGCGGUAGAAACAGUAACUGUAGUGGAGACAGUCGUCGCGGUGACUGCGCCCAAUGGCAAGGCGUUGGCAGAAUACGAACAACUGACCACGCAAAACAGGCUUCUCAAGGAAACAAUCGAAGAGUUGCGUCGAGAACUGAGCGAAGCGCAUGAGGGUGAUGGCGCUGUUGCCACGGUAGAACCAACACCAGCAGUGGCGCCAGUAGCAGCGCUGGCCGAGGAUCAAACAGCUAAAGAGGAACGUGAAAAGCAAUUGGAGGAGCUCAAAAAAUAUGAAGAGCAGUGUGUGGAAUUGCAAUCGAUCGUGGAGAGUUUACGUUUGCAGUUAAUAGAGGCACGCACGGGGGGCGAAGAGCGGAGCGGCGAAAUAACGCAAUUAAAUGAAGAGUUGAAAGCGUUAAAGAAGACGGCAAGCGAAUUUGAAAACUUGCUAAAAGAAAAGGAUUUAUCACACGAAAUGGAGGUUAAGGAGAUAACGCGUUUGAGAAAGGAGUUGGAAGGCAAAUGCGAUACCUACGAGGGUGAAAUGAACAUUCUGCAAACGCUCGUCACUGAACAGAAGCAACAACUCAUAGAAGCCUACAAGGAGCAUGAGCACGAAAACAACAUGAAGCUCUUAGAGCUGCAGGAGCGCGACGAGGAAAUAACGCAGCUACGCGGCGAACUCAAAGAACUAAAGCAUUCGCUAGAAUCCGCAGGCGAUCAGUUGUCCGAAGAUCUCCGCAAGGAGUGCGAGAAACUGCGCGAAGCACUGAAAAUAAAUAAGAACUUAGUGACCGAGCAAGUCAAUGAGCUUUCAAAUAAGCAAGAAACCAUCGAAGCGCUAAAUCAACAAAUAAUUGACUUGUACAAAUCUAUGGAGGAGAAUGCAAACAAAAUCAUUGAGAAAGAGGAUGAAAUCAACGACAUGAAAAACAUUAUCGACCGCAAUACUAAAGAGCUGGAGCAUUUGCGCAAAGAUAACGACGAAGAAAAGUCGGUAGUUGACAAAUUAUUGAUUGAGCUUCAUAGCCAUCGGACCACCGUUGAGCAGAUACCGCAGCUAGAAAGCGAUGUGCAGCGAUUGCAGCAGGAAAACCAAAGAUUGGAUCAAAGCAAUAAGGAGCUUGAGAAACGUAACAAAGAACAGCUGGAGAAACUGAAGAAAUAUGCAGCUAAUUUGAAGAAACGCGCCACUCAAUGCCAAGAGUUGGAAGCCAAAGUGAGUGAGCUGGAAAAGGGUAGCUUGGAAGCAAUGCAAACCAAGCAACAAGAUGCAAGCCAUGAGCAAUCGUUGGCAGACACAGUAAAGAGCCUGGAAGAACAAGUCGAAAGAUUGAAGGCACAACUCGAAGCAAAAGAUAAGGAAGCCGCAGAGGCAACCGAAAUCGGUGGUCAUUGGAAAAGCCAACUUGAGCAAUUGGAGCGUUCCUUGUUGGAGAAGAACAGCGAGAUAGUACAGUUGCAAGUGGCGCUGGUCGAUGCGCAAGACCAAGCCUCAGGUUGGGGUGACACUGAACUGGAGAUGCCCAAAGAGAAUAACGAAGAAAACGAAGAGCUAAAGAAGAAGUUGGAGGAAAAGACACACAAACUGCAGGAGGCCGAAGCAGAAAUCUACAGCAUGCAGGAGGAAUUGAUACAAGUGCGCGAAAGCGAGCGCGAAAAAUAUUGCGCCAUCAAAGACAUACAGGAAGCGCUUGCGCAUAAGAGCGAGUUGGUCGCACAACUCCAACAGCAAAUGCAGAGUCAUACGCCGGCCGGCAAUAUCACUCAAGCGCUCGAAGAAAAGGUGAAAACAUAUGAGGAACGACUGCAAACGCUCAACGAAGAGCUCAAAGCAAAGUCACUAAAAUUCGAAAAAUCAAAGGCGGUCAUUAAGGAGCGAAACAAUCAGAUACAACGUUUGCAGGCGCAACUGAAGGACCUUCAAGACAAGCUGAGCGCGCGUCCCGAAGAAGAGUACAUUGGCUCGCCUCAGCGCAUCGCAGCUCUGAGCGCAGCGCCACCACCGCCCGCGCAACUUCAAGUGCCUAAGGAGGUCUACGACGAACUACAGGCGGCCUACGAAAAGUUGAAUGAACGCUUCAAUGCAGAGCAAGGCACCUUCCAGGCUACCAUUAGCCGUCUGGAGACUUUGCACGACGGCAUACAAGCUAAGCUGCAGGAGAAUAUGUCCUAUAUUGAGACGCUAGAGCAGGAGAAUAAUGCUUACAGCGAGAAAAUUUGCAGACUUGAGGAGGGCAUUGCCACUUUCGAGGAGCGCCGUGCCUCAAUGGAACGCCGCACGAAUAUACUUUGUGCACAAAUGGAAACACGUGAAACCGAGCACGAGAAAGCAGAGGAUGAGCUCAUCUACCGGCUGAAUAUGCUCUCCGAGCACGAUGAUGUCAUCGCUCAGCGCCUGCUGCAGACGCAAGAAGAAAAAGAUGAACUUUUGGAUCGCAUCGAGCGCAUACAAUCUGAGUUCAACCAACUCAGCAGCAGCUAUGCCAAAAUGGAAAAAGAAUAUCAGCUAUAUCGCGAACAGAGUGAGUCUACCCUUGAAACAGAGACUCAAACGCUACGGCAACAACUCACCGCCGCACGUGCCGAAGCGGAACACCAGCGUAGCGUUUACGACGCCAAGCUGGCCGCCAAAACCACUGAACUCGAUGAGCUAGAAAGUGAAUUAAGUGAGCAAUUAUCCAAAAUGAAUACUGAGAAGCGCGCCACGGCAGAAGGUCUAGAGCGCGCACGGGAUGAGUGCAAUGAGCAGAAAGAUGAGAUUGUGCGGCUGAAAGAGUCGAUAAGCGCUUUGGAGCAGGCCAAGCAGGAGCUGGAGCGGGAGGCAACUUGGCUGCGCAUGCAAAAUGAAGGAAGUCAGCAGGAUCAAUAUGACUUGCAGGAGCUGCGCAUGCAAACAAUGCAGGACAAAACGGAAAUUGAUAAUUUGCGCCAUCAAAUCGAAACGCUGGCGGCCAAUCAUGAAGUGGAGCUGCAGGCGCUGCGCACGCAGAUCUCCGAAUUGGAUACCUUGCGCAUGCAGGUUGGCCAAAACCAGACAGACGAUCAAGUCUUCAUCGAAACGGAGAACAAGCGCUUGACAGACUUACUUGCGGAGAAGGAAGCGAUUAUCGAAAAUUAUCAGCGCCAAAACUUGCAGCUACAGAUGUCAGCCGCCGCCGCAGCACAGUCACAAGCGGUUGCAUCCGCAACACAGCAUGAUCCACUUGCCUUGGCGUUCGGCUUGACACCACCUUCAAGCGCCGCCACGCCAUCAACAAGUCAAUCAGCUUCGUCAGACGAGGAAAGCGCACGGCUGCAGCGCGAACUGCUGGAAAAGAAUGAUCAGAUUGCACGACUCCAACGUGAAUUGACUACAGCGCAAUCCGAAUUCCACAAUGUGCUCGAAGGCAAUCAUGAAUUGCAGCGACAGCUAUUGGCGAAGAACCAAGAAAUCGAAAAUCUGCGAAACUCCAACUACAACACCCCCACAGCCGCUGCGCUUUUUGGCCAGCCGACGCAACAGGACGUUAUACCAGCGCCUCCGCUCUUCUUCUCCACCGAACAAGCGGUGCCAUCAGCCUUCGAUGAGAUCGUGCAAGUGCGUACAGUUGAAAAUCUCGAGAGUAGCAGACGCGUACGAGGCGCUGACGAUGUAAACAGCACACUCGAGCAACCCACAAUCGAAGAUCUGCAGCGCAAUGUGUCCGAUUUGGAGAAACAUGCGCAGGAUCUCGAGAAUAAGUUGGCCACUCGCAAUCAGCGCGAGUUGGAAAUUGAAGAACGAUUGCGGGAGAAUCAGCGGGCAUUCGGUGAAUUGGAACGACAACUGCGGGAGCGCACCGAAGAGCUCCAUGCUGUGCGCACUGAAUUGCAGCAGGUGUUGGAUGAAAACGUGGCGCUUAAGCAGGCGAACGCGGUUGCGUUACAGCAAGUCGAACAGUUGAAGAGCAGCAGUUCAGCUGCAGAGCACACACUUUGUGAGCGUGAUGAGCAACUGAGAGCGCUGGAAAACAGUUUACAACAGAGCCAGGCCAACAGCGACAGCCAGGCAUCUGAUUUGAUGGGCCUAGGACAAUUGCAAGGCAACUUGGAACAGUUGCAAACAGUGUUGCAGCAACGGGACGACGAGUUGGAGCAGCUGCGGCGCGCACUGGAGGACGAAAAGACGCUGAAAGAGCGCACCUCAGCGCUAGAGAGCCAAAUUAUACCAGAUUCAUUAGCGAACUUACAGUUGGAUGGCGUGCCGAAUCCAGUGCCCACACUGGAUAUGUUCUUCGGUGGUGCUGGCGGCGCUGGAACUGAUUUCGAGACUCUAAUCAUACCACCUGUAUCUAACGAGCCUGUAGUAGAAGCGUCAAUUGUGCCCGAAAAGGCGUAUAUUUGUCAACCACAAGGCGAGCAGACUGUGCACCGGGAAGCAAAAACGUCUGCAUUUGAUCUGGAUGCUGAUUGGGGUGACGCGUGGGGUGCGCAAGAAGCUGCUGCUGAAGCGGAACACUUCUCCAAGACAACAGCUGCCAGUUUAGGCGCAGCUGUGUCUUUAGUGCCGCGCGAACAACAACUGGAACUACAAUUGGCCGAGCAGGCGGAGCGCAUUGCUGAACUGCAGCUAUCGGUCGAGCGUUGCGAGCAACAAAAGCAAGAGUUGCAGGUGAAAUCCGGCAAGCUAAUGAAGAAACUCAAGGAGUAUAAGACAAAGAUCGAUGAGUUGCAGAGCAGCGCGACAAAUGCGUCAGCUUCAUUCUUCGACUUGGACGCUGCCAUACAGGAUGAACUCAAGGCGCAAAUUAAGCAAUUAGAGGAGCGCUUGGAGGAAGAGCGCAAACAGCAUGAAUUGCAUGGUGUAGAGAAAGAGAAAUUGCUAAAGCGCAUCGAUGUACUGACGGCUGGCAGCGAACGCAUGGCCGAAAUGAAGGAGCGCCAAGAUAUGGAAGUGCAAAUGUAUCAGGCGAGAAUACAGGAACUGCAGGCGAAGGUGAAUAAGUUGGAAGAUUGGGGACCAGAUGCGGAGCCAAGUGCAGGAGCAGCAGAAGAAGCAACGUCGCAGCAACAGGCAGACGCACUGUCGACUGCAUGUGUUGCCAACAACAUUCAGGCCCAGCCGUCGGCGCUUCCACCCAGCUGGGAAACAGAGAGACAACAGCUCAGCCAAACUAUCGCUGAACUUACUGCAGAAAUACAAGACAUCAAUGUGGACCGUCAAGAACUGCAAGCGCUACUGGAAGAUGAAAAAUCGAAUGCACUGCGCGCAGAGGAAGCUCAGAAGGUACUACAGCAGCAGCUAUCCACUCGCGAUAGCGAAUCAGUGGUAAAUGCAAGCGCAGAGAAGACGAAAUACAACGACCUUAAGGCGGAGCAUCAGCAGCUGCAAGAAAAGUAUAACACUUUGCAUGCAGCCUACGAAGAGCAAACUGGGGAGUUGAAUCGCUUGAAGGUGCGCGAAGAGCAACUCAGUGCUGCCUUACAGGAGGCAGAGCGCAACUUGGCAUUGAGACAAGCGUCGAGUGCACGAGAGGAACAACUGAAAACAGAGCUGUCUAAGGCCGAAAGCAAUUUAUCACAGGCAAAUGCUGCGCUGACACGGCUUGAAGCCGAUCUCGAUGCAGUUCAGACGCAGUUGCUGGAACUACAAACGAGAAACGCCGAGCUAUUGCAAGCAAACGAAGAGCUUCAAAAUGCUAACGCAGCGACGGCUGUCACAGUAAAUGCAGAAAUCCUCAGCAAUGAGAAUGCUCAACUGCGUGCACAAAACGAAGCCUUAGAGCAGCGCGUUAAACAGCUCGAGGAAGUUGCUGCGCACCAAGUGUUGAACUCAGCCCCAACAACUAGCUUCAACGCAGCGCCAACCAGCAGCGUCAACGUUGAUGAACUCAAUGCGCAAUUACAAGAGAAGGAAUCCGAAAUAAUGCAUUUAAAGCAGCGCAUUGAAGACUUGAUGCGCGAAGACCAAACCGAGAAGCUUGUGCUGGAGAUAUUAACAAAGAACCAGGAGAUACACAUGCUGAAGAUGCAAGUGAAAAAUCUGGAGGAUGAGAAGCAAGAGCUGGAGCACAACCUCUCCGUGCAGAUCACAAGCGAGAUGCAAGCUAGCAAAGGUGGCGUCGAGAGCGAGAAUACGAAGCUGCGCGAACAAAUACAGCAACUGGAACUGCAGCUGGAAGCACUGCAGAGCGAAAAGCGCGACAUGGAGGAGGAACUGAAGGUGCUGAACAACCACGUGCUGAGCAGUCUGGAGAACGAGGACAAGCUUAAAGCGGCGGCAUUGCAACUGGAUACGCAAAACAUUGAAAUUGCCGAACUGCGACGCACAAUCGAAGCACUCAGGGCUAGCGGCAGCCCUCCGGUGGCAGAAGAUGGCGCACAGCCAGUGGACUACGCCGCUUUGAAUGCCCAGUGGGAGGCGAUUGUCGACCAGAAAUGUGGUGAAAUCGCUAAGAUGUGGCGUGAGCAUUUAGAGCAACGCGAGUCCGAAUUCAAAUUGGCCGAGUCGCGUUUGCGCGAGCAGUUGGCCGCCCAGCGUCAAGCGCAGUCGCACGACCAAGGAACGCAACACGUUGUUUCCGCUGAAACUACGGCCACAUCAACCCCCGGCUCGGUAUCAACCACGCAGUCGGGCACCUCGUCGGGCGCCGCCUCCAAGGAUGGUACACCAUUGCGUCACCGCAUCAUCAACGAGGAGCACGAAGCCGAUGCUGAUGCCAUCAUUGAGAAGAUGCAAGCGGCGCUGGAAAGCCAGGAAAUGGAGAUUGUCACGCUGAAGGAACAAUUGGCAAUACGCUCAGCAGAGUAUGCGCGCUUGGCGGCGCAAUACGAUCCAUUCAAAUUACAGAACACUUCCUCCCACAGCGGCAUUAGCGGUGGUGUCACAGUUGAGCAGCGCAGAGGCGCGGCGGUAAGUAGUAAUGAUGCUUCGCUCGUGCCGAAAUCGGAGCUAGAUUUCGCGCUAUAUAUGCUACAUCAACGCGACAUGCGUUGCGAGGAAAUGACGUUGGAAUUGGUAUCGUUGCUGGAGGAGCGCGACACCUUGCAGCUGAAACUGUCGAAUACGCUGCGGCAGGUGGAAGCCCACAAAACGGCUACGAAUUACGUAGAGCCCUCUAAUACGUCAACAGACAGCGCUGCGCUUGCGUCACCAACGACGGCGACUGCCAGCCAGACGCAGCGUACAGUGGUUAGCCCAACUGCUGCUGGUUGUGACUCAGCCGAUGAAUUGAGCCAAAAAUUGUCUCAGCUGCAAACUGUCAAUCAUUCCAAGGACAAGGUGAUUAAAGAGGAACGCGAUCAACGCAUACGACAAAUGGAAAAGAUACAACAGGAUGUGGCCAAAAUGCCGCCUGCUGCUGUCUCUGAAUUAGUUGGCACGGACGCAGCUCAAACUGGCCAAUCACCAUCAUCUGUGCUACUAAACUGGCUGUGGGGUAAUAAGCCAGAUGCUGGCAAUUCAGCGCCACAUUAAAGCAAUAAAUCUACAACAACAAUAUCGACAAUAUACGAACCUAAGCGAACCAACACUGCUUUGAAUUCGUUUUAUUCAUUAAGCUGAUUUGGUUCAAAAUACCAAUGCGAUAUUCAGGUGUCUACCCUUAUGCACCUACCCACAUACGUACAUAUGUGCAUCAAUAUUUAUGUACCCCCAAUAUUUUUGCAACAACAAUACGUUGAUGAAUUGAAAUUUAAUUAAUGUACCUUACUUUGUCCUAAAUACUAAAAAUUUAUUUACCAAACUGUAAUAAACGAUUGUAAAUAACACAGAUAAACAGAUGUAAUGCAGUUCUCUUUUUUAUUUUUUUUUUAUGUAUGUAUGUAUGUAUGCAAUUGCUUAAUUCGAAAAACGAGUAUCUAUACGAAACAUUCAUUCUUUAGCCUAAAACUUAUGCGUAUGUAGUAGUAAAGACAAAGAAACUUAAGCUGUAUUUAGAAAGUUAUUGGAACUAUAUUGAAUGAUAAUGAAGAAAUAUACAGAAAUUGUUAGUAACUA